CGGGCCCAGAAAUUAAUUACAGAUGGAAAUAAUUUAUGAAUGGAUAAUAAUUUAAAGUGAACAAACCGGUUGUAUUCGUUUCGUCUGCGGAAUUAUAUGUGAACCAGAGGUGGAUCGAGACGAUUGCGGACCCAGAAACAUUGAAAUAAACAAAGGGUAAAAACACCUAGCUGCUUCUGACAAGCGGGGGAAACGCUGCAAGUAGGCUACGAGAUGGAUGACGACGGAGUAGACAUGGCGUCAGACAACAGUCUGCCAUUAGGAAUUGGUGCUUCCGCAUUCGGGAGUGAAAAUGGGGAUGAAGAGGACGACUUCAUUCCUCAGAGGACACUUCCAUUCACCCUCGGAUACUCCGAUCCUGUGGGACAAUACGUGGAGAGAGCAGAGUCCCCUGCACCCAGUUACGCCUCCAUGCAAAGUGACAGCUGGUCAGAAACAAGAGAAGAGCAUAAAGAAAGUUGCACACAGGUUCUGUUGUGCAGAAAUGAUUCGUCUGCUUCUAGCAAUGAAUCCUUUAGUAGUGAUGAGGACAUGAAUCCAGAGGGUGAUGCUGAAGAAAGCACACGGAAGAAGGUCAGGAAGGAAGGUGGCCUGAAACAACAAAAAGUCCCUGUUCCUGUAAAACCAGAAUUGGUAGUAGAUCCAAAUGAGAAAAGGCAUCCAGCGAUGACAGUGAAAUUUGCUUUUGAGGCCCUCACAAUCUGCCUAAAGAAACUUGCACAGGACGAAUUAAAGCACUUCAAAAAACUAAUGUGGGAACGAUAUCCAGAGCGCUUCCGUGAUCCCCUGGAUGGACUUGAUAUUGUGGAUCUGGUGGAUAAGAUGCUGGAGAUCUGUGAUAUUGAGGUGUCUCUGAAGAUCACUCUGGUGCUAUUUAAUGUCAUGAACUUUAAGAAACUGACUGAAUAUAUGCAAGGACUAUGCAAAAGAAACGAAGUGCGCUACCAGUUGAAAUUGGCUCUUAAGAAGAAGUAUGAGAUGGUGUAUGAGGGUUUUAGUCCACAAGGACAGCCAGUUCCCUUUGAAUCUGUCUAUACAGACCUUUACAUUACAGAUGGCAUUAAUGCAUCAGUGAACAGCGAGCAUGAGUUCAGAUCAAAGAUAGAAGAGCUCCAAGAGACUGGCAAAGUGAACAGGACACCAAUAACCGGAAAUGACUUAUUUCCCCCUGAGAGUGCGAGGCCAAGGCAUAUAAGGUCGGUGUUAUCCAGAGGAGUCCCAGGAAGUGGCAAAUCAUUUGCAGUGCAACGCUUCAUUCUCGACUGGGCGGAUGGAAAAGUCCACCAAGGUGUUUUCUUUCUCAUUCCUCUGCAGUUCAAGGAAUUGAACAAGAUGCUGGAAGGAGAGCAUACCCUCCUCUCUCUAAUCAGCACCUUCUAUCCAGAGAUGAAGGAAAUAGACACUCUCGAAUUUGAGGGCUGCCCAGUAAUGUUCAUAUGCGACGGCCUAGAUGACACUCAAAUCCGCUUUAACUUCCGGAGAACAGCAUAUUGGUGUGACGCGUGCAGGCCUACGAGUGUGCAAGUGCUGAUUAGUAACCUCGUCAGGGGGAACCUGCUCUAUAACGCCUUCGUGUGGGUCAUUUCUAGGGCAGGAGCUCUGGAUGUGAUCCCACCAGAACACGUCCACCAACUUCUGGAGGUUCGUGGCUUUACUGAUGACCAGAAAGAGGCCUAUUUCAGGAAGACGAUCGUAGACCAAGAACUUGCUGAGAGGGUGAUCGCUCACAUCAAGUCUUCUAAGACGCUGUUUAUUAUGUGCCACUUGCCGUUGUUCUGCUGGGUGGCAUCUAAAGUGCUGCAGCGACAGCUUCAGUCUCUUCCACCAUCAGUACAGGUGCCCAAAACUCUUACCAAUCUGUACACCAUUAUGCUGCAUCGUCACACUCAAAUGUCCGUUCAGAAACUGCAGAAUGACCCCACUGAAGAAACCAAAGGUCUUACUGCUGAUCAGCUGCUCCUUAAGCUUGCAAAGCUGUCCUACAUCAUGCUUGAGAAGAACGAGUUUCAGAUAGAGAAAGAGCAUUGGGACGAGCUUGAAUUGCCGGAUUCAUACCCAGCCAUGGCCUGCACCGGUCUCUGCACCGAGUAUUACAGAGAGAAGUACAUGAUUUACACAGAGAAGGUGAGCUGCUUUGCUCAUCCGACCAUUCAGGAAUACCUCGCUGCUCUUCAUGUUUUCUUCUGUUUCAAGAAACAUGGGAAGAAUAUCCUUGAGCAGAACAAGCUGAAGGUCUUAAAGGUUUCCUUGACAGACUUACUCAAGAGUGCAGUUGACAAAGCAUUGAGCUCUAAGAAUAGCAACUUCGAUAUCUUUCUCCGCUUUCUGCUGGGUUUGUCUGUGGAGGCCAACCAGGAGCUUCUCAAGAACCUCCUUCAGAUUUCUACCAGUUCCAGCCAGAAUGCACGAGAGGAGACGACACGAUACAUAACUAAGAAAAUCAAAGAAGGCCACUUCCCGGAAAAAACUGAAAACCUUAAGCGGUGCAUUGAUGAACUUAACCCACAACUGCACUGACGUGUUGGUUAAAAGAUGACGAACUUCUGAGAGUGAUGCUUUUGCAUUGUCUCUUGCCAAAAGAUUGAGGUGGUAGAAAAAUAAUCUGUGACGAAUGUCUAUCAUCCAGGUCUACAUUAAGUGUCUUGCUGUGGCAUUUGGAUGUGUUUUUUCAUCAUCAGUAAAAGACAAAUUGUGUGUCAACUAAAAGAAUUGUUCAAUCACAUUAUUUGGAAACUUGUGUUAUUGCAUUUGGAUAUUGUUACUGCAGCUUUUGUAUUCAAUCAAUACUGUUUAUGGGAAUGUUGGUGUUAAAGAUUUAAAGUGUGGAUAGUAUUAAAUGGUGUUAUUAGGAAUUAUUCCAUAUCAAACCCAAACAUGCAUGAAAUAUUUGUGGCACUUGUGUCCAUAAAAUAAAAAA